AUGUUCAUCUGUGUACUAGUUCUGUUCGCGAUCAAUGCAAAUGCUCAAGUAUGUAAUGGUCCAUUAGGAAUGAUUAGCGGGGAAAUACGCGAUUGGCAAAUAACAGCAUCAUCAACUUAUCCGGAUUAUGAUUGUCAUGAGAAAAAUGCACGAGUGUAUCAAGCACUUGAUCGAGCUUGGUGUGCUCGACAUAAAUCCGAUUCAGAAUGGCUACAAAUCGAUCUGGGAAUACCGGCGAAAAUAUCAGGUGUAUUAACACAAGGUCGAGCAAAUAAGGAUGAAUAUGUCACAUCAUUUAUGAUUUCAUACAGCACUGAUGCGUAUCGUUGGCAAUACUUGGUCGACCAGUAUGGAAAUCAAAAGAUCUUUUCGGCAAAUACAGAUUCGUAUUCAGUGCAUAACAACUACUUUGAUGAACCAAUUCUCACUCGUUUCAUUAAAUUUCAUCCAAUGGAGUGGUACUCACAUCCGUCAUUACGUGUAGAAAUUAUUGGUUGUCAAGAAUGUAAGCAAUAUUUGGGCUUACCACCUUAUGGAAAAGUCACCGCAUCAACUACAUGGCCCGCUCGCCGACGAGCGACAUGCCAAGCAGAAGAUGGAUACCUACUUAGUAACAAAGGAUGGUGUUCAAAAAAGAAAUACAAAUACGAUCAAUGGCUAGAAUUUGACUUGGGACAUCCAUCAACAGUGACAUCAUUGAUAACAAAAGGCCGAGCUGAUACGAAUCAAGAACAAUGGGAAUUUGCCGGUAAUAACGAUCGUGACAGCGAACGUAUUCAUUUUCUUAACGAACUGUUCGUUGCUCGAUAUGUCCGAAUUCAUCCUACUGAUUGGCACAAUCAUGUUAGUAUGCGUGCAGCCAUUCUCGGGUGUCCACACCAGGGCGCUUGCUUCCCGGGUUAUUUUCGUGUUAAUAGUGAAGCACAGUGCGUGGAAAAUCUGGCUUAUGGGAAACGAACGUGGACAAAUGACCGAAAUCGUUAUCGUCGCAAGACUUCUCUUGAAGGAUUUCAAUUUCGUAGUACACGCGAAUCAAACGGUGAUCCUUCGUUGGCUGUAGAUGGCUUUGAAGAACCGCUAGACUGGGCAAAAUGUGCAACUAUUGACAAUUAUUUCGUGGAGAAGCCUGUAUGGAUGGUUGAUCUCGGACGAGCAACGAAUGUCGCUGGCGUUUUGGUCAGAACAUGGUAUGAUGGUCUAGAGUCCAAUGGAUCUUCAUCGAUGUAUCGAGAUUACUUAGUAAAUUUGAAUCAAUACAAUGUUUAUGUGGAUCAUUAUCCUCGUCGAUAUCGUUUUAAAAAUGCUAAUUUAUGUUCAUCUAUCAAACGUACCGAUCAAACACUGACAUCAUCAUCUCGUCUACACUUUCAAUGUCAACGUUCAUUACAUGGUCGUUUUGUUUACAUUGAAGCUGAUGGUGUUCGUAAUCGUUGGAAUAAAUUGUUUACUGCUGUACUUUGUGAAGUCUUUGUUUAUGAGCACUUGCUUAUUUUCAUAAUUAUCAAACAAUUGGCAUAUUUAUCAAAACCAUCGCUAUCGAACAAGGAUCGAGCCCAUCGCGAUAGACCAUUGUUUUCAUACCAGCAUACCACAAACGAUGUUACUGCACCGAUGCAAGAUGAACUUCUUCGAAUACAACUUCCUCACAUCAGACGUUCUCCAAAUAAACACUAUGAUGUUCGCUGGAAUCGAGUUGCCGAACGCGAGGUGCUGGCUUAUUUAACAAAGAAACAGCUUGCCAGCAUACAUCGAUAUCAAAACUCAUCCCCAACCUUUGAUAAUAUUAUCAAUAUCUGCCGAGCACGAUCAAUGUUCGUUCUGUAUCAGCAUGACGAUUUUCUUCCAUUCUCCAUCUAUCCAGCAUAUAUCGAUAAUUCCAGUACGAACGUCAGCAGAGCAAUACGUGAACGAUUCCGACAACGGCGUCAAGUCAGGCGUAGUGAUGGUUUACAUUUACGUGGUGCGAAUAACGGCGCUCAUAUUAUAUAUUCCAACGAGUAUUGUAAAUACGUUUAUCAUCAUGUACCAUUCGAAAAAAUUCUAUCGAAUCAUUCGAAUGAACAUAUCUACGCAGCGGGAAAUGUUACUAUCGGACAAUGGACCGAUCGAAAUCGUCCCGAUGCAUUUUCGUCCGAUCUCUUACCAAAUCAUGAUCUAGCUGGUUUGUAUAUUCGUCGGGGUGGCAAAGCUGAUGAAGAUUCGUUUGGGCAUGAAUACGGUCGAUGGCGUGAUCUUUCGUAUUAUGUCAAAGGGCUUGUUGUUGAAGAAAAACGAUAUUUAAAUCAAUAUUUGCCAUGA